AUGCCCCGCCAGCAGACGCAAUCACGGGCUCCGAAAGAGCGCAGUGCGCGGAAGCCCCAAUCCCAAAGGGUUCCCAAAGGCCGUGGCCUCGACGCUCUUUCUCGGGCGGAGGAGCAAAUACCGGUCAAAUUAGGCGUGCGCCGUAACCGUCUGGGUGACUAUGACGAUGGUGAAUGGCGAAAGAGGCCCACAGGCGACGAUGACGACGAGGAGGACAACGAACCUCGCCCAGACUAUAAACGCCGCCGGACUGAUGCCUCGGAUGAAGGUGGCAGCGAUGGUGAAGGUCACCGAUGGAGACUUGGCCAUGUUGACAGCGACGAUGACGAGUCCUUGGACAGUGAUGAAGCGCUAGGGCCAAGCGAUGAGGAGCGCUUCGAAGGCUUCACUUUCCGCGGCAGUUCCUCGAAUAAGUCAAAGUCGAAGAAGAUUGAGAAAAAGAAGAAAUCUCAGAUUACUCUAUCAGAAGAAACCGACGGAUCGGAUGACGAUAUGACCGGGGCAGUUGACGAGGACGAGGACGAGGACGAUGAGGAGGGUAUCGAUCUUCUCACUGCAUGGGAUAUGAACACGGCAGCCGAAGAAAAGGCUGCGCAAAAGGCCAACCAAAAGGCCAAAAGGGCGGCGGAAAGUGAGGAGGAUGACGACGUGUCGGGGACUGACGGUGACAGUGAGGAUAAUUCGAGUGACGAUGGUACUGAUCUGUCCCUUUCGGAUGAUGAAGACGCCGAGGCCCAGGAGAGUGGCUUGUCUAAACUUCAAGAUUUCGUCAAGUCCAUGGAGACCGAUCGGUCUCGAAACCCUAAGCAACGAUCGCAAGAACAGGGCACUCCUACCGAGUAUGGCCUGACAUCCUCCCGAAAACUGACUGUGGCCGAUCUGCUGCCAUCGAUCACAGAUUCUCGUCUGAAGAGUUCUCUCAAGCAUGUCGAUGCUGCCCCGCAAGCAACAAAGUCAGGGAUUCCGGGAAAGCUUGACGCACCGCUCGCGAAGCGACAACAGGAUAAGCUCGAUCGAGCGGCCGCCUAUGAGAAGAGCAAAGAAACCCUGGACCGUUGGUUAGAAACCGUCAAAGCCAAUCGCAAAGCUGAACACCUCACUUUCCCUCUCCCUGACCCGAACGCACAACAAUUCCAUCGUCUGGACGUGGUUCAGCCCAAGAAUGAACUGGAAUCUACUAUCCAAGAAAUUUUGGUCGAAAGUGGCCUGGCGGAGGCAAACGGAAAAUCAGCGGAGGAUCAGCUACAGGGAUUUGAAGAGCUCAAGGCGCGCACUUUGCCCAUCGAAGAGAUUCAGGCUCGUCGCGCGGAGCUCAGAAAACGACGAGACCUCCUAUUCCGAGAGGAAGUUCGUGCAAAGCGCAUCAAGAAGAUCAAGAGCAAGGCUUACCGCCGUGUUCAUCGUAAAGAGCGCGAAAGGAUGGAGCAACAGGAACGUCAGGCUCUUCUUGAGUCCGGUGUGGAUAUCGAUGAAGCUGAGCGAGACGAGAACGAGCGAAAGAGGGCCGAAGCACGUAUGAGCUCGAAACACCGCGACAGCAAAUGGGCCAAGAGCAACAAGCAGACUGGCCGCACCGGCUGGGAUGAAGAGGCCCGCAACAGUGCGGCUGAUCUCGCUAUGAGAGAGGAGGAAUUACGAAAACGCAUUGAAGGAAAGCGUGUGUCCCGUGGGGAUGAAGACUAUCUAGGAUCAUCUAGCUCAGAGUCCGAAGAUGACCCGUGGGCGUCCGAUACCGAGGAACGUGAGAAGCGUAAGCUGCGUGAGAAACUUGCAGCCUUGGAGGGGGAUGGUCCCGACAGCGAGGACAAGGGUCCCCACUCAGCUCUCUUCUCGAUGAAGUUCAUGAAAAAUGCUGAAGCCGCUCGGAGAGAACAAAAUGAUGCAGAGCUUCGUCGUCUCAACCGCGAGCUACACGGAGAAGAAUCACAGUCCGAGGCAGGCUCUGAGACUGGUCGACGCAAGUUCGGCCAGUCUGAAAAGACGCAGACUAGUUCUCGGCCAGCGGUGCUGCUCAGGGAUGAGCUUGAAGAUGCUGUUGACUCUGACGGAGAGGACCAUCGAUCCGACGAACGAGUCGCUACCGCUGUGCACCAAAAUGCUAAGCAGAAACCUACAGCUAUCCCUGAUUCCAGGAAUCAGACCAAACCAGCACAGAAAAUGUUCGAACAGAAACCCCAGCCGGUUGAUCAAGAAGAGGAAAAUCCUUGGCUUGUUCAGACCGAACGCAACAAUCGCCGACGAACAGGGGCGGGUGCUGAGGAUACUCUUGAUAUUGCUCUCGAUGCUCCGCAACCUCAAGUUUCCCAAUCCAAGGAUUCCACCAGAAAAAGAAAGCCCGCGACGACCACGUCUUCCCGGCAGCAUGACGAAUCAGUGGAUAGCGAAGACGACGAACAAGUGCCGGUCCUUUUGAAGAACCACGAUCUCGUCAAGAGAGCUUUCGCCGGUGACGAGGUUGUGCAGGAAUUUGAGCAAGAGAAAAUGGACACCAUCGCUGAAGAGGGGGACAAAGUCGUCGAUAACACACUCGAGGGCUGGGGCAGCUGGGCCGGUGAUGGCAUCAGCAACCGGGAAAAGAAGAGGCAAAAGCGCAAUCUCACCACUAUUCAGGGCGUCAAGCCGGAGAAGCGCAAAGAUGCAAAGCUCUCUCGUGUUAUUAUCAACGAGAAGCGCAUCCAAAAGGUACGUUUACAUCACCACUUGCUGUUCACCACUCCCAUGUCGUCCGUGACUGACCUUUCUCUCCCUCUCUACCAGAACAAAAAGUAUAUGGCCAGUCAACUGCCUCACGAGUUUGAGACCAAGGCACAAUAUGAGCGAUCGCUGCGCAUGCCUAUCGGUCCUGAGUGGUCCACGAAGGAGACCUACCAGUCCAGCACCAAGCCUCGUGUCAUGAUCAAACAGGGCAUCAUCAAGCCUCUGGAGAAGCCUCUGCUAUAG